AAUUUAACAAUAAAAAUGCAACAAUUAAAAAAUGAAUAAUAGUAAAGUAAAAAGACACAACGUGUCUAGCAUUCAUUUAAUUAUUACGAGGCGUCAAACUGUAUUGUACUGCUUGACGAGAAGCUAAAACAAGCUAGCCGCGCGCGCACUGCUUCACUUUCUGCUAUGCUGAGGUCACUGGUACUGAAGUCAAAAGUCCUACGCGGGGUCUUAAAAUCAAACCAGUCCAUGAAAAUGGUAAAAUGUAGAUCCAAGGGAUCAAGCUGUGGGUUUUCGGGAAAGACGUGGACAAAACCCAGUGGUUUCGACACGGGUUUAAAGACGUUCAACAGCCUCACCAAACAGAAAGAGCCUCUCAUUUUGGCUCGAGACGGAGUAGCUACCUGGUACAGCUGUGGACCCACUGUGUACGACCACGCUCAUCUGGGUCAUGCAUGUUCAUAUGUCAGGUUUGAUAUCCUGCAGAGGAUUUUAUCCAGACUCUUUGGGAUUACUGUCAUCCACGCCAUGGUUAUCACUGACAUUGAUGACAAGAUUAUCAGAAGGAGUCAGGAGGAAAAUGUUUCCCCAGCCAUCAUUGCCAGAAUGUAUGAGGAAGAAUUUAAGAAGGAUAUGUUGUCAUUAAAGGUGAUUCCUCCUGCUGUGUAUCUGAGAGUCACUGAGAAUGUUCAUCAUAUUGUGACCUUUAUUGAAGGUAUCAUCAAAAAUGGACAUGCUUAUGCCACAAAAGAAGGUGAUGUAUAUUUUGACGUCCCAUCCAUUGGUGACAGUUAUGGAAAGUUUGUUGGAGCCGUGGGUUCUCAGGGAGAGCCUGGCGGCUCCAGUAAACGAGACUUGAGGGAUUUUGCUCUUUGGAAGCGGUUUAAACCUCAGGAACCAUCCUGGGAUUCGCCGUGGGGCAAAGGAAGGCCUGGCUGGCACAUCGAAUGCUCCACUGUUGCAAGUGAUGUAUUCGGGAGUCAGCUGGAUAUUCACUCCGGAGGGAUUGACCUGGCCUUUCCUCACCAUGAAAAUGAGAUUGCUCAGAGUGAAGCGUAUCAUCAGUGCAAACAGUGGGGAAACUACUUCCUCCAUUCAGGUCACUUACACCUGAAGGGCAGCACAGAGAAAAUGUCAAAAUCUUUGAAGAACUACAUCACCAUCAAGGAUUUUCUGAAGUCGUACUCUGCCAGUGAAUUCCGGAUGUUUUGUCUUUUGACUAAAUACAGAUCAGCCGUAGAUUACAGCGACGGCAGCAUGUCGGAGGCGCGGAGCUCUCUGGAAACUGUCCGUACCUUCAUCCACGCCGCUCAGGCUUACAUGGCGGGCCAGCUGCAGUGUUCGCCGGUGCAGGAGGGUUUUCUGUGGGAAAGGCUGGCUGAGGCCAAAUCGAGCGUGAUGAAAGCUGUGGCAGACGACUUCGACACGCCGCGAGCCGUCAGUGCUCUGAUGAAUUUGGUUUAUCACGGAAACUGCCAACUUCAGCCGGUUUCUACGAUUGAGGGAGCAGCUCGGAGCCCUGCGGUGUUCGGAGCAAUGGUGACCUACAUCAGAGAUAUGUUGGAGGUGUUCGGAAUCGACCUGCUGCACAGUCAGGAGGCGGACGUCCUGAGUAGCUCUGGAAAUCUGCACGCCGUCGUGGAACAGCUGACUCGUUUCAGAAGCGAAGUCCGAGCGUUCGCGCUCGCUCGGCAGGAAGAUCCGACCUCUGGAUCUUCGAACAAACCUAGACUUUACCCAGACAGGGUUCCUCUCCUCAAAGCCUGCGACUCACUCAGGAUCGACCUGGCUCCUCUGGGUGUGUUAAUAAAGGAUCGAGGAACCUCCUCCACGUGGGAGCUAAAACUGAAUCAGAGGGUCCAGAAGAAAGACCAGGACACAUGAAGCUAAAGAGACUCAGAGAUACAAAUGAUCAGGAUUUCAGAGCUGAAACUACCUCAGUCUGUCUGGGGUCUACGAACUGUUAGAUUUUCUCAUUUUCUAAAUCACAACAUGCAAUAAAUUUUAGUUUCAUCCUCA